AUGGUAGCAUCAUUGCCACUUUGUGCAGCAAUAUUAUCAAACAAGAACAACAAAUACUUAAGUUAUGUAAAAGAAGGGAAAACACAUAAGCAUCUUCGUUUUUCCGGCGAGGAGAUCGUGAGCAGAUCCACAAAGUUCGCAAUAGAGAGGUCGAGCAAAGAAGACGACGAAAACACGGAACUGGUUCACUUGCGAUGUUGCCACAACAAUAAGUACUUGGUUAAGAAAUCUGAAGCUGAAGGUUGGAUCAUUGCAGCUGCUGAAAAGCCAGAAGAAGAUGAAUCACUUUGGUCAUCCACACUGUUUGAGCCUAUCAUCGUUGAAAACCAUGAUGGUUAUGGCCGAACAGUCCUUCGAUUCAAGCAUGUUCAAUCCCAACUUUAUGCUUCUUUGAGCAAAGAUGAUGAUGAUGAUGAUGAUAGCCUCUCAAAAUGCUUACAGUUGAGGGAAGAAGUAGAAGAUGUUAUCAACUCAAGUGAUGUGGUGACAAUCAUAGACUGGGGCACUCUUGUCAUUUUGCCAAAACGUGUUGCCUUCAAAAGCACCACUCAUGGAAAAUACCUUGUGACGAGCUCUGAUGAUCAGAGAAGUAGUGCUCAUCCUUGUAUUCGAUCAUCUGUCGACGACAAAGAAGAUGCUCGUGUGAUCCAUGAGGUGUACACAAACCCUGACGGUACCCUGUCUAUCAAGAGCUGUGACGCAGAUGGGUUUUGGACAUCCCACGAAGGUGGCGAAAUCGAUGUCGAGCCAUUUGCAGAUAGUACUAACACUGAUGAGCAGAAAUUAGCAACUAUGGAAAUUCAAAAAGGGAUUUUCCAAACAUUUUUGCCCAUCAAAAUUUCCUCCAACGAAAUUGCCCUUCGUGGGUUGCCGCUCAACAAAUUUUGUCUCAUCGAUGGUAGCUCAAAAGAGCUUGUUUGUAAGGCGAAUUCGAUUUUACGAGAGACAAAAUUUGUGGUGGAAGAGGUAGUAAUUUCAAGAGAAGUUAGCAACAUCGAGUAUCACCUCGACGAUGCUAGGAUCUACGACGAGGCAACCGUGGUGUUAUCAACUAAUAUAAUUCAUAAUACAUCAGAAAAUGCUUUCACCACCGAAUACUCGUUUAGAUUUGUAGACAAGAGAAUUAGUAGAUGGACAAAUGGUGGUUCAUUGAGUUUAGGUGUUCCAGUAAACAUCAAAUCAGCAGGCAUUCCAUUCAUAACUGAAAAUGGUAUCGAAAUCUCAGGUGAUCAGUUCACCGGAACAUAUGAAUGGGGUGAGAGUAAAACUGAAACAAAUGAAAAGGAGUUGACAUAUAACACAAGUGUGCCGCCAAUGACGAAAGCAACAAUUCGUCUGGUUUCGAGUAGCGGUACUUGUGAUGUACCAUUCUCGUAUUCAGUUCGAGAGGUUCAUGUUGAUGGCAAAACAGUUGUGUAUUCCAUGGAUGAUGGUGUGUUCACUGGUAUCAAUUUCUACAAGUUGCAAACCCAGAUGGAGACUAAACCAAUAUAA